CCACAUCCUCCUCUUUGCCGGGCGCCCCUCUCGCUGUCAUUCGUCCAAAAGCGAACCAGCCGGUGCGAUCGUGGCGCUGGCGGAGUGGAGCAGCGAGCGCCGCAUGUAAAUGAACACCUCCACCUCCGUGUCGCUGUCACCUGAGGAUCGUGAGUGGGUGAACUAACAGCCGCGUCCACCUCCUUAUCGAGAAGCCGACCUUUAACGAGCUGAGUGGAGAUACGAAGGUGAAACUGAGCUACUUUGUAGCAGAGACUGCCAGAUCAUCGCUGCUGUGCGUCGCCGCCGUUUCUCGCAACAACACGGGUGCCUCUCUGCUGCUCCCUGCUGACCAUGCAGAGUGCCUGCACAGUGUUCGUGGCACUGGCCGCUGCCUUCUUCAGCUCGGCCGACUCUGACACGCACAGACCAAGACAUGACUCCAACCUGGAGAUCUACAAGCGGCUGUUUGAGACCAAGAGGAAAGAUCAGCUGAAUGCGCUUAAGAACCUUGUCGAGCUGAACGACAUCAACCAGCAGUACAAGAUCAUAGACAUCAUGCUCAAGGGUCUUUUCAAGGUGUUGGAGGACUCCAGACAAGUCCUGGUUGCGGCCAACAUGCAGCCUGACGAUCCCUUCCCCAUGGACGAUAAGAUCAAAGAAGCUUAUUCCCACGUGGUGGAGAAUACUGCAUUUUUUGGAGACGUGGCAUUGCGUUUCCCCCGCAUUGUCCAUCACUACUACGACCGGAACGCCGACUGGGGAGGUCUGCUGCGCUGGGGACUGAAUUUCUGUAACCAAACGGGGGUUUUCACUGGAGGAGCCCACCAACAUGUCCUCACACUUAUGUCACAGGAGCUGGGAAUAACGGAGAAAUCACCAGACUUUAUAAACCCGUACCGCACAGAGAGAGAUGACGUGCUUCACACAGCAGAGGCUUUCCAAAAGAUCCUGAGGGAGGAGGAGAAGAGGAGGAGGAAGGAGGAGAAGAGGAAAGAAAUCAGAAAAGGCCCCCGCAUGUCCCGCUCUCGCACUGAGCUAUAGCGCUGCACCUCGGUGCUUGUGCAGAGCAGAAAAUAAAGGAGGAGGAGGAGAAAGAAGAGGGAGCAAAUGCACAGUCCACAAGGGUUGGCUUGACUUGUAGACUCAGAUGACAGUGACAAACAUAAAAACAUCACUGCCAUCACUUGUACAAAAGCCUGGUGCUCUGUUGAAAAGAAGAGAGGAACCCUCAAUUUGACACAACAAAGUAAAAAAGAAGUGGAUGUUAGUCUGACAAAGGCCUGAAUUGCUGUACUCAUUUUUUUUACAGUGAUUUAUAAUCGGGUCAACUAACGUUGUAUGAGAUGUAAACAAUGUCUCUAGAAUACGAGUUAAGAAAAAAGAACAAAUUUUUCAUUACAUAAUUGUACUUUGGAAUAUAAGUAAUUUCAAUAAAUUUGCUUCAGAACUUUGCAAACCCUUACUGUUCUGUGUUUGGUCUAGAUUGUAUGUGUCCUAAAGUCCAAAUGCGUGUGUUUGCCAAAUAAAUAUACAUAUUUGACCUCGCCUCAUUAAAAUCCAGACAGUUUCUGGAUAGGUUGAGCUUGAUUCGAUGAUAGAAUAUAGUUGUAUUUAAUUUUCUUUUUCUUUAUUUUUUAAUUGUGAUUUGUUGAAGCUGAGGGAUGUUUGUGAAUAUUCGGAUUUACAUUCUCAUUGCUGCUCCAGGUUGUUAGUAUGCCUCUUAAACUUUGUUCAACAUUAUGGUUCAUUUUUAAAACUUACUUUGAUUCUUAUUUAGUGAUUUCUUUUUUGACCCCUUGAAUUCAUUGAUCCCAGUGAACAGUUCUGUUAGCCAGUAAUACAGUAUGUGACGCCUGUUUUUUAUUGUUUUUUUAUGUUGUUUCCCUUUGUUUUGUUGCUUUCUUUUCAUCAUUGCUGGAAAUUGAUAGUAAAAAAAAAUUAUUAUGACUGUUAUAAAACUAUAUGUAUAUUCAGAGAGAGUGAAUAUCAUUGCUGCAGAAUCAACAAGCCAUUUUGUUAUCAGAUUUAUGGAAAUAAAGGGAUUCUGAUAUGCACAA